ACAUACAGCCAAGGGAUUGAAUUAGCCUGCCAAAGAGAACGAGAGUUCGUGAAGCACUCGGUAGAAUGCACGUGGAACCUAGCAGAAGCCCAGCAAAAACUUGGUAGCUUAGCACUGCAUAAUUCAGAAUCCCAUGAUCAGGAAUCUGCUCAAGCAAAGACUGAAGCUGCAGAGUUGAGAUGGAGAGAGGAAGAGUGGAGAAGAAAAGAAGAAGCACUAAACCAGAGGGAAAGACAGAAUCUAUGGAAUACAGAUCUUGUUAGUAAGGAGGUAUUUAAUAAGAGUUUUAUUAAUCAAAAAAGAAAAGAAAUAGAAGAUGAAGAUGUGUCUGAACCACUUAUGCAAAAACAUGAACAGAAGAUUAGACACUUUGGUAUGCUGAGCAGAUGGGAUGAUAGUCAAAGAUUUUUGUCUGAUCACCCGUAUCUUGUAUGUGAAGAAACAUCUAGAUAUCUCAUGUUGUGGUGUUUUCAUCUAGAAGCUGAACAGAAAAGAGCUCUGAUGGAGCAAGUAGCACACCAAGCAGUUGUGAUGCAGUUUAUUAUAGAAAUUGCCCGAAGCUGCAAUGUGGAUCCAAGAGGGUGUUUUCGUCUCUUUUUCCAAAAAGCCAAAACAGGAGAAGGCUAUUUUGAGGCUUUUAAAAAUGAACUUGAAGCAUUCAAGACAAGAGUGAGAAUCUGGUCACAAUCACAUGGCUUUCAAACUAUGUUACUACAUGAUCUCUGUGUCAAUCCUGGUCUUGUAGGAGAGCUGACACCUUUUUCACAGGUAGGUAUAUUAUUUCUAGAAAUUAAUUUAACUAAAGUAGGAUUAGCUCCUGCCUCGAGAAACUGUAACUUCCUGAAAUAUAAAGAGGAUCAUUUUUUAUAG